AACCAGUAAUCAGUGUAUCUACCGCUCCCCCUCGGUUAUUCACUUUUGAGUGCGUGUGUGACAUCAACAAAAAUCAACAACAACAAAAAGGAACAAGAAAAUAACAAAGAUCCAACGCCCAUCUACCGAAUGGCGCUUUCGUUUCUAUCGCAAAACUCCGGUCUCUUGGAUUUACAAAGCAUAUUCGAUCCACAAUAUUCAGAACUGCAACAAGAACAUUCGAACCACCAUCAACACAACAACAACAACAACAACAACAACAACCCUCACCAUCAGCCACACGAGGAGCUACAACUUCAGCUACCACAGCGCAUUGCGACCACCACCAACACCAAAUUCGAUUUGAACAUCUUCAGCGAAUUCGAUCAAAUGGAAUUCAACAACAACAACAACAACAACAACAACUUGAAUCGCAGUCAAUAUCAGAAUAACAACAACAACAGCAAUAUUAAUAGCAACAGCAGUGCCAGCGAGAAUAUAAAUCAGAUCGAGAACCGCCACUUUAUUAGCGGCUACCAUCAUCAGCAUAUUGGAACGGAUUAUGAGCAAGUGAUCAACUUUGUUGACUCGCCGCCAAACUCUGAGGAAUCGUGGACAGAGAUAUCGCUAAUCGAAGAACUUACGGUUAUCGUAGACGGGCAGUCGAAGGAUUCGCCGGGACCGCAGAUAAUCGACGUUCAGACCAUCUAUCUAAACAGCGGCACCCGCAAAAGACGAAUGGAUUGGGACUCACUGGACAUUGGCCAGACCGAGAACUCCCCCACAGCAUCCCAGAGCGGCGAGCUGCCCACCAAAGUGGCACCCCAGGAAAAGGAUAAGCACAAGCGCGAGAAGCACUCUGGCCGCAGCAGCUGGAGCGAUGAGAUUGGCUUCGAUUUGAAUGCCGAGUUCAACAGCAGCUCGUAUCUGAACAACAGUGAAAACUUUCUGUCGUUCUCCCCCACGCUGACCGCCCUGAAGCAGGAGCCCCAGACGGAGCAGAUAAAGCCGAAUCCAAAGCUCUCGCUGGACAGCAGCGGCAACAGCAAUGCCGCAGGCAAUGUCUCUGCCAGCGUGGCGAUUGCCAAGGUGGAUGAGGCACAGAACUCACCGCAGCUGGGCCAGGAGACAGCCGCUGCCAAUGGCAAACACGACCUGAGCGCCGGACUACUCUGUGGCUGUGGCUCUCCCCAGGGCUCGCCAGUGGCUGCCAGCGACUACGAGCUGGGCGGACAGCCAGACAAGGGCAAGAGCAAUCCUCAGCAGCAGCAGCAGCAGCAGCAGCAGCAGCAACUGAGCGUGCUUGAUCCAUCCAAGAUAGAGCUUGGAUCCGCCAACGGAGCGACACACGCCGAGGAUCACAAGUUUCAAUACAUUUUGGCUGCUGCCACAUCGAUUGCCACCAAGAACAAUGAGGAGACCCUCACGUAUCUGAACCAGGGCCAGAGCUACGAGAUCAAGCUGAAGAAGAUCGGGGACCUGUCCCUCUACAGGGAUAAGAUUUUGAAGAGCGUGAUCAAGAUAUGCUUCCAUGAGCGGCGCCUCCAGUUCAUGGAGCGCGAGCAGAUGCAACAAUGGCAGCAAUCCCGACCCGGCGAGCGCAUCAUUGAGGUGGAUGUACCGCUCUCGUAUGGCCUGUGCCACGUCUCGCAGCCCCUGAGCUCCAACUCGCUCAACACUGUCGAGAUAUUCUGGGAUCCACUCAAGGAGGUCGGCGUCUACAUCAAGGUCAAUUGCAUUUCAACCGAAUUUACACCAAAGAAGCACGGCGGUGAGAAAGGUGUACCAUUUCGACUCCAGAUCGAGACCUACAUAGAAAGCAACAACAGCAACACGAACGGAACAAGCAACAACAAUAUCAGUGGCAACAGUAACGGAAACGGAAUCGGAAACGGUAACAGCGGUUCAACUGCCCCAGGCUCACCGGAGCGUACACCCAAUGGGGGCAGCAACAGCAACUGCAGCGUCGGAGGUUUAUCCAUUUCCAGCGUUAAGCACGCCGUCCAUGCAGCUGCCUGCCAGAUCAAGGUGUUCAAGCUAAAGGGCGCCGAUCGCAAGCACAAGCAGGAUCGCGAGAAGAUCCAGAAGCGUCCGCAGUCGGAGCAGGAUAAGUUUCAGCCCAGCUACGAGUGCACCAUCAUGAAUGACAUGUCGCUGGAUCUGGUUAUGCCGGCCACCACCGCGGGCUGCUACAGCCCCGAGUAUAUGAAGCUUUGGCCAAAUUCGCCCUCGCAUAUACCCAAGUACGAUGGGAUGCUACCGUUCGCAUCAAGUGCAGCAUCGCCGGCGACCAGCGGCAGCAGCCCCAUAGCCAUCAACUCGGUGACGUCAACCAAUUCGCCCAAUUUCAAGCUGAUGGACGCCACCAAUAUGGUCUCGCCGCAGCAUGUGCCCGCGGAAAUGGAUGACUUUCAGAAUCAGAACAUAAUGCCGGAGUCGACGCCGUCACAAGUGACGCAGUGGCUGACCAACCAUCGCCUCACAGCCUAUCUAUCGACGUUCGCCCACUUCUCGGGAGCUGAUAUCAUGCGCAUGUCCAAGGAGGAUCUAAUACAAAUCUGUGGCCUGGCCGACGGCAUACGCAUGUUCAACAUAUUGCGAGCCAAAACCAUCACGCCUAGACUCACGCUGUAUGCCAGCAUGGAUGGCUGCAGCUACAACGCCAUCUACUUGCUGUCGAACACGGCCAAGGAGCUGCAGCAGAAGCUGUUCAAGACGCCCGGCUUCUACGAGUUCAUGACCAAGGCGAGUGCCCAGGAGAACGGGGGAGCUGCUGCCGUUGCGGCCGCCGCUGCUGCUGCUGCUGCUGCUGCUGCAAUGUACAACAACUGGAGCAUGCACUCAAAGUACUCGGGCAGCGGCUCGAACAUCUUCAACGAAGCCAACAAGAGCUGUGUUUACAUCUCUGGGCCGUCGGGCAUACUCGUUAGCGUCACCGACGAGGUGCUCAACAACGAGAUCAAAGACGGCAGCCUCUAUGCCUUGGAUGUGCAGGGCGGCAAGGUCAUCUUGAAGCUGAUCAACAAGCAGGACAACAAUUGAAUGAAUACCACCCUAGGAACCAAGUAUAGCUUAUAGCAUUUACACACACUAGCAGUUCGGAUAUCGUUUUCUAUAUAAGAUUCAAUGUCUAUGAGUAUGAGAUUUCGCGCAGCAAUUUUGAACAAGCUCCCCACGAUUCGCAAGCGGAACCCUUUUUUAGUGCAAAAUAUGUUUUAGCCACCGUUAUUUUCACUCUUGUUUUAAGUUUGUUUACAUUUAUGCAUGUCUUACCACCUAUGAGUACGAGAACGGGAACGAGUGCGAGAACGAGAACGAGUACUCCACCGAAUGCGCUUGCAUU